CAGACCAGAAUUAACUUUAGUCAGCUGCAUGUUGACUGUAAUCGAUCACAACAACAUGAUUCGCUGGAUUAUUCUGUUUGUGUUUGUGGCCUUUUUGUGGAUUAACCCCGUUUUAGCUAAUGAGCCAGAGGUACGGAAGAAUUUAAGACGUAACCAGGAACUCGGAGAUUGUUACAAGGGAGACACCGUUGUUUUCCUUGAAGAUAAUUUCUACGGCAUCUACAGAAAGGACUCAAAAUUGUUCGGGGAGAAUUGUAAAGCAGAAAUUACCUGCUUUAUAUUUCUGCAGAAAAACGACACGAAGCAAAAAAAGUUGUGGAAAAUGUGGGCUCAAGUGGGGAAAGAAGGGAAACUCUUCAUCCCAAAAGUUCUCAAGUCAAAGGAGGUUUCUAUAUACUUCCUGACUCAGAACUGCAGCCAAUGCAUUCCAGAUCGUAUCAACGCCCCCUGUCAAGCAACUUGGGACUUCUUGUCUAAAGAACUGGAAUCUGUGAGAACUUCCGUCCAAAAUGAUACUGAGUUAAAGUCCAAGCCUCUACCGAUACUGAGUCAAAACUGCAGUCAAUCCAUAAAAGAUUGUAUCAACGCCUCCUGUCAAGCUUCUGGUGCACAAACCUGCAUUGUUAACCCCGUGAAACCAGAGAUAUGCAAAUCAGACUAUGAUGAAGACAUGUGCCGUGACCUAGUGGGUUUCAAUGACAAAUACCUGCUGGACGUGAAAGAACCAAAAUGCAGCAACUGUAACAAUCCAAUAAAGGUCCCCGAUGAAGAAAUAACACUUGAGAUGAAUUCCACCGCUAACUUUGAAGAAGGAAAAACAGAUGCAACCGCAGCUGUUGAUCUAAUGGGAAAAAUGAGCAAUUUAGUUUCCACAAUGAACGGGACCUCAGCGUCGUUGUCUGUGGGAGAAGCCAAAGGAAUCUUAGUGAGACAGAGUGAAACGUCGGAUAUGAAAAAAGUGGAUUUUGCUUAUGAGUCAUCAGAUGAUCCCUUUCAAAUUAUAGAGGAUGACAACAUUUUGGCUUCGCUCUCAAGAUCUGUCUCGGUGUCAAAAGAAGCGUUUGAUAAGGUUGUGAACGCAAGCGCAAACAUCACGGCACCGUUUGUAGCUGUUGUCCGAUUUCUGAACAUGACACCGGAUGAGUAUAACAGGACCACGUUAGGUAAUGAGGUUAUAGGGGUUGAGAUGGGAGCCGUUAUCAAGAACCUUACUAACAAAAUAAACAUCAAUUUCAGGAACAUCAUUGAGGAGGGAAACGCAACAUGUUAUUCAUGGAAUGGUGAAGGAGGCAAACCAAACUGGACCGAUGAAGGCUGUGAAACCAAAAGGGAGAACUCAGACAUUAUAUGCGAAUGUUCACAUUUGACAUUCUUUGCGAUCUUAAUGACACCUCUGAAUCAAACCAUUUCUAGUUCGGACCUGAGGAAACUCACCAUCAUCACUCAAGUUGGCUGUGGCUUGUCCAUGUUCUUCCUCUGCAUAGUGCUUUUUAUGCAUUUCCUUAUGAGGAAGACGAAGGCCAACAUAAGCUCAAAGAUCUUCAUCCACCUGGUGUUUGCGAUGUGCCUGCUGAACUUAUCCUUCCUCAUUAACAACUAUGUGGGGAAUAUGAAGAACUCGGUGGGCUGUAAGAUCAUGGCAGCCGUCAUGCACUACUCCAUGUUGGCCACGUUCUCUUGGUUUGCCGCGCAGGGCCUGCACCUCUGCCUGCAGCUGCACGGAGGGGGCAGAGGCAUCUCCAUCCACCAUCCCCGCUACGAACUCAAAAUCUCUGUUCCCAGCUGGACACUGCCAGGUAUAGUUGUGAUUGCCCUUCUUGCCGCAGGAAAAUACGGUGAACAGACCAUCUACACGGAUAACCCUGAAGACGACGUGGCCAUGUGCUGGAUAACUGACAACUCCAUCCACUACGCUGUCAAUGUUGGCUACUACGCGCUGGUCUUCCUCUUCACCUUCACCACGGUCAUCAUCACUGUGUCCUGGCUCUUCUGUCUCAGAAGAUCCAGUGCUCCAAACAAACCAACCAACCAAAGCGGCAGAAGCAUUGUGAUCAUUCUGGGCCUGUGUUGCCUGAUGGGCAUCACGUGGGGUUUCGCCUUCUUUGCCCACGGCAGCUUCCGGAUGCCUGCCUACUACAUUUUCACCAUCCUCAAUUCUUUCCAAGGUUUCUUCCUGUUCAUCUACUACUACAACACAAGGCAAUCGGGGGAAAUGAAUGCUGGGGUGAAUGGCAAAAGUGAUUCCUCAAGCACCUCGAGCACCUCGACUCUCAAAACCACCCUGGACAACUAUGAGAAUCCCUACCUGCCCUCUGCAAAGGCCAAAUGAAGGGGUACUGAGGUUUGAAGAAAGGUUUAUGGUUUAAGAUUAAAUAUAAACAGUUGUAAUCAAAGUGCAGUGGAAUAUAACAGUUAUUAUACUAGUUGUAGGAGCUAUAUUGUUUUGUUUCAUCAUAUUCAUUUAUAUAAAUACAUAGUAAGUGCUUUCUUUUUGUAUAAUUUCAUUCUUAUACAUAAAAUUAUUUAAUGGCUUAAUUUUAUUGAAAUAAAAAGUUAAAUGAUACAAGUAAAUGCAAAUAUUUACAGUAAGAGCAUUUCUGCAUCUUUUAGGGCUUUUUCCAUUUCUUCUGCCUGCUGUGAAAAGUUCUCCUUUUCCUGCUUCAUGAGUUCUCGUGCUUUAGUGAGGUCCAUCAUUGUUGUCCGGAUUUCCUAAAAUGCAUAAAUGAAGUAGCACAUUGAAAGAUGAUCCAAAAUAAUGAACAAAGUUAAAUGAACAUUUUGAUAUCUUUACAUGCACAGCAAUAUUCAAACUACUGGCCUUAUUCUCAAAUCAGACAAUAUUCUAGUUAUGAGUUACAUUAAGGAUAUCCUGUACUCCCAUUUAAAUUACAAAUCAUACUUUGGUUAGUAUCUCAUGCCUAUGUUAUGUCCUCCUUUGCCAUUUCAUUGUUAGGUCCGUCCAAAACCUUCAUUACAUCCAUAUCCCUUAAAACAUGGAACAAAAUGUAUCCCUCCCACCAAAAGCAUCUUUCUUUUUGCCAUCAAAUAAAUGUCCACGGUCUCUGUGAGAGCCUAGGAGACACAUAAAAUAAAAAAAAAUAAAAAAAAGCACCAUUGCCAUAUAAACUCUGCUAAGAUGUUAUGGUGCACAAAAUAAUGCAAACAGCAGCCUACCCUGCAAAGCUCAGAUUGGUUAUCAUUUACCCCGAAUACUGUUUCACCUUUUUCAGGUUAAGAUGAUCAGAAAAAUCUGAGUCUUAAAGUACAUCUCUUGAAUUAUGUUAGUAGAAUAUUGCUGUGCAUGUAAGUGGAGUACCGUAAAAUUGAUGAUAGACGAGUCUGACUCACCUGCAGCUGAGCACGCUGCUCUGAUGCAAUACCUCCAAAGGCUUUUAACUCGCUAAGCAGGUCUGUGGAAACAUUCUGAAAUAAAACAUAAGAGGUUCAGAGUUUGGUUGUGAUCUCCUAAACAGUACGUGUACAUAUGGUAUAGAUAUACUUUGUAUUUACAUUCCUUAUUUCCUCUCCUAUGGUUAAGUAGAAGCAGUGUGUGUUUUUAAAUGGAUUCCUGUUUGUAGUAGCUUGUGUGAGUUUGAUUUGAAGUUUUAACCACAUUUGCACAUGUAGAAUA